AUGGGGGAUAAUGGAGAGUAUUAUGUGCCGAAAACUUUGCUUCCCGUUUAUAGAGAUGUAGUGGUACCUCUAGCCAAUGUCUUAACGCCAAAUGCUUUUGAGUUAGGUGAAUUGGUUGGAUUCACUAUAUUUAACGAGAAAGCCUGCAUACGUGGCAUGGAUGCAAUUCACAGGAUGGGCGUUGAAACUGUUGUAGUAACUAGUGGAGUGGAAGAAAGUCAAACACCUGACACAUUGUGUUGUUACGCAAGCAAAAAAGGUGUGCUUUUCUCCCUCCUUUACUAUCAUAAUUAAGG